CAAAAAUAUCAAAAAUGGCUCAUAACUGAGAUAGAUGAGGAGCUAAAUUUGAUUUGUAUAUGUACAAACCAUACCAAUGACCUGUCUCUCAGUGAACAAAAACACAGUGAUAUCCAUGAUGGGUCAAAGAGGCUCAACAAAACCAGCAAGAAAUAGCUCAGUUCGAGGAAACCAAAUCCGCUCUAGAAGACUCCGGAUACUGAAGCUUUCAUAAAAGGCUUCUCAAGGAAGACGAACUAGUUAUUAUGUACAACAAAUUAGAUCUCAAGUGUGUGGAUGAAGAGUCUGUGCAACAAGAUAUCAAAGUUGAUGUCAAAAUCUUCACUCAAGAUCUCAAUAAUGCUAAAGAUGAUGACUUUAAAAUAAAUUCAGGUAGCUCACUUGACGAAUCGAAAGAUGAGUUCAUCAAAAUCAUUGAUAAAAACGUCCUGAAGAAAUCUGCUCCAGUCAAGUGGGACAUUAACGGCGUCUGGAGCCCAGUAGAUCAGAAAAUAGACAUUUCGAGAAUUAAAAAUGGCGAAGAAGAGCAAAUUAUGACUAUAUGUAGAAACAAAGUUAUCCCAUUACCUCAUAAAAAGGGGACUAAGCAUAAAUAUUUUGGCCAGUUUACCUCAAACGGUGAAUUGAAUGUGAUUGCAAAGCACAAGUUCAUUGGAGCAUAAAUAGGACAAUCCUUUAUAAAUCUAUAUAACCAAAAAUUCAAUA